AUGACCGCCCGCCCCACGCGCGAUCCGAAAAAGAUUCGGGAGAGCCUCGAACGGGAGCGUGCCGAUCUUCUUGCGCUGAGCGACGCAGCGGCAGACGAGCGGCGCCCGGUCACGCUCGAUCAGCAGAGCGUCGGCCGCGUAUCGCGCAUGGACGCCAUGCAGGUGCAGGCGAUGGCGCAAACGGUGGAGGCGCGCCGCCGCGCGCGCCUGCCGCUCAUCGAUGCAGCGCUGCGCCGGCUCGAUACGGGCGACUACAGCUACUGCGUCGACUGCGGAGAGCGGAUUCCGGCCAAGCGCCUCGCCAUCGACCCGACCAUCGCCCGCUGCAUGGACUGCGCAGGCUAA